GUUAGUACGUGGCUGUGUCCCGAACUUGGAUCCUCUCCGCUCAAUUCAAUCCUGCUGGCUCAGCUCCCAAUAGCGCCUGCUGGGAUGGGAUGAAUCCUCGUUCAGGGGUCAGGCUGUCUCUAGGGGGCUGAGCUCAAAGCUUGAACCCGCCCUCUAGAUCUUAUUUCCCAAAAAACACACCUCCCGUCUGUCUCCAUUCCUUGCCUGCCUCUUUUCCCUGUUUGUUCCCGUUAAAAUAUCUGCCGGUGUAUGUGUCUGCCUCUGGUUUCUUUCUUUCUCUCCCUUCACCGCUGCUUCUGUCUGUGCCCGGCUCCGAACCAGCACCAUGUCGCUGCUGACCCGUACCUGUUCGGGUCUCUGCCUGUUGCUGGCAGCUGUUGCCACGCUCGGAAUCGAACUCCACAUCGAUGAUUACAGCUACCUGGAGCAGGAGUUCUUCGAGGACGUCGCCGAGCCUAUCGACUAUAAGGAUCCCUGCAAGGCUGUUGCCUUUUUAGGUGAUAUUGCACUGGAUGAGGAAGAUAUGAAGAUGUUCACAGUGGACAGAAUAAUUGAUUUGAAGCAACACACCAUUAAACGUUUGAAAACUGCCUCAGGAAAGGGAAUCAGCAGAAAAAAUUACAGUAAGACAAGUAACAAAAACAGGAAAUCAAGAAGAUCCAGGCCUCGACGAGCAGCUACAUCACGUUCCGAGAGAAUAUGGCCUGAUGGAGUUAUUCCUUAUGUAAUCAGUGGCAAUUUCAGUGGCAGUCAGAGAGCCAUAUUCAGACAGGCGAUGAGGCACUGGGAGAAGCAGACCUGUGUUUCAUUUAUAGAGCGGACGACAGAGGAUAGCUAUAUUGUUUUCACAUACCGGCCUUGUGGAUGUUGUUCCUAUGUGGGGCGUCGAGGUGGAGGACCUCAGGCGAUCUCGAUUGGAAAGAACUGUGACAAGUUUGGAAUUGUGGUGCAUGAACUGGGUCAUGUGAUUGGGUUCUGGCAUGAACAUACACGGCCUGACCGAGAUGAUCAUGUCUCAAUUAUUAGAGAAAACAUUAUGCCAGGGCAAGAGUAUAACUUUCUAAAGAUGGAGCCAGAAGAGGUGGAGUCCCUUGGGGAGACGUACGAUUUUGACAGCAUCAUGCACUAUGCACGCAACACUUUCUCAAGGGGAAUUUUCCUUGACACUAUUUUGCCAAAGUAUGACGUGAAUGGUGUUCGACCUCCUAUUGGACAAAGGACUAGAUUAAGUAAAGGAGACAUUGCCCAGGCUCGGAAGCUUUACAGCUGUCCAGCAUGUGGAGAGACCCUCCAGGACAGCACAGCAAAUUUCUCAUCUCCUGGUUUUCCAAAUGGAUACUCUGCCUACAUACAUUGCGUGUGGAGAAUCUCUGUAACACCAGGUGAAAAGAUUAUUCUGAACUUCACCACCAUGGACAUAUACAGGAGUAAUAUUUGCUGGUAUGAUUACGUUGAAGUGAGGGAUGGUUACUCAGUCAAGGCUCCAUUGCAUGGUCGUUACUGUGGUCAGAAGAUUCCUAAUUCAAUAAUUUCUACAGACAGCCGACUCUGGAUCGAGUUCCGAAGUAGCAGUAACUGGGUGGGAAAAGGAUUCGCUGCAGUGUAUGAAGCUAUUUGCGGUGGUGAGGUGAAGAAAGAUAAUGGUCACAUUCAGUCUCCCAAUUAUCCUGAUGACUACAGGCCCAACAAAGUCUGCAUCUGGAAGGUGUCCGUCUCAGAUGGCUACCACGUGGGAUUAACUUUCCAGUCAUUUGAGAUUGAACGUCAUGACAACUGUGCAUAUGACUACCUGGAAGUCCGUGAUGGUGAUAGUGAUGACAGUCCCCUGAUUGGUCGUUUCUGUGGAUAUGACAAACCUGAAGAUAUUAAAACCAGCUCUAAUAAACUCUGGAUGAAAUUUGUCUCUGAUGGAUCCAUUAAUAAAGCUGGCUUUGCUGCAAACUUCUUUAAAGAGGUGGAUGAGUGUUCAAGACCAAAUAAUUCUGGUUGUGAGCAGCGCUGUGUGAACACACUGGGUAGCUACAAGUGUGCCUGUGACCCUGGUUAUGAACUGGCUCCCGAUAAAAAAAAGUGUGAAGCUGCUUGUGGAGGAUUCAUCACCAAACACAAUGGCACCAUCACCAGCCCAGGCUGGCCAAAGGAGUACCCACCAAACAAGAACUGUGUUUGGCAGCUGGUGGCACCGACUCAAUAUCGAAUCUCACUGCAGUUUGACUUGUUUGAAAUAGAAGGCAAUGAUGUAUGCAAGUAUGACUAUGUGGAAAUACGCAGUGGUCUUUCAGCAGAUUCUAAACUGCAUGGCAAAUUCUGUGGAAUGGAAAAGCCAGAGGUCAUUACGUCACAGUAUAAUAACAUGAGGAUAGAGUUCAAGUCUGACAACACUGUCUCCAAGAAAGGAUUCAAAGCAAACUUCUUCUCUGACAAAGACGAGUGCUCUAAGGAGAACGGUGGAUGCCAGCACGAAUGUGUCAACACAUACGGCAGUUACGUGUGUCAGUGUCGCAGCGGCUUUGUGUUACAUGACAACAAGCACGACUGUAAAGAAGCUGGAUGUGACCAGGAGAUCAGCGGAACUAGUGGUUCAAUAACUAGUCCUAACUGGCCAGACAAAUACCCAAGUAAGAAGGACUGCAGCUGGUUAAUCAAAGCCAUGCCAGGACAUCGAGUCAAACUGGCAUUCAAUGAGAUGGAUAUUGAGGGCCACCAGGAAUGUGCCUAUGAUCACUUGGCCAUCUAUGAUGGCAAGAAUGCCAAAGCCCAGCUUCUGGGUCGUUUCUGUGGCAGCAAGAAGCCUGAACCAGUUUUUUCUUCUGCCAGAGAGAUGUUCAUCAAAUUCUACUCGGAUAACUCUGUUCAGAAGAAGGGUUUCGAAGCCAUGCAUACUACAGAAUGUGGAGGAAUACUGAAGGCAGAAGUUAAAACCAACGACGUUUACUCUCAUGCGCAGUUUGGUGAUAACAACUACCCUGGUGCCUCUGAUUGUGAGUGGGUAAUUACUGCAGAGGGAAACUACGGAGUUGAGCUGAUAUUCCAGACAUUUGAGAUUGAGGAGGAGCCUGACUGUGGUUAUGAUUACAUGGAACUGUUUGAUGGAAAGAAUAUCUCAGCACCUCGAUUAGGAAGGUUCUGUGGCUCCGGGCCUCCAGAAGAGAUUUACUCCACUGGGGACUCCAUAAUGAUCAAGUUCCAUUCAGAUGAAACUAUCAGCAAGAAAGGCUUCCAUGUGCGUUACACCAGCACUAAAUUCCAAGACACGCUCAAUACCAGGAAGUGAUCGAUUCCAUCAUCAUCUGAGAACAAAACUGAAAGACUGGAAUGAAAUCCAGAUAUACAUGCAGGGAUACUGUGGGAUCAAAGCCAUUAACAGUGUCGUUUUUUCUCAAAAAAAAAAAAAAAAAAAAAGAAUAUAUGAAAAAGGGGUGGGAAAUUCAUGUGAAGAAUUUUUCAUACUUUUACAGAUCAGUGAGUGACCAAGAAUGAAGUACUGUUCUAACCACUUGCCAUUAAAGCUAUUUUAAAAUGUG